AUGGGAACUCUAUCGGCAGUCCUGCUCGUGGUGGUCGCGCGGUCUCUGUCGGUCAGUGGACUGCACCCCAGCUGUAAUUUCUAUCAGGAGCUGCAGAGGGAGGAGGAAUCCUGCCGCACUGUCCUGAAGGAGGAGAGAACACCAGACUACACGGCUACUGGAGGUCCAGGGUGCAAAGGAUUCUGGGACGGCAUUGUGUGCUGGGGUCAGAGCGAGGCUGGACAGAUGAUCACCGUCCCUUGUCCUGCGCUCCUCAAGAGCCUCUUCGACAGACAUGGUUUCAUCAGUAGGAACUGCACGGUUGAGGGCUGGUCUGAAGUGUUCCCCAACAUCAGCAGUGUGUGUGGAGCAGAGGCCCGGCAGGAUAAGGUGUGUUUGGUGUUCUACAUGAUAGUGAGGAUCCUCUACACACUGGGUCACAGUCUUUCCCUGGUUGCCCUGACGACCGGCAGUGCCAUCCUCUGUCUGUUCAGGAGACUCCGCUGCACCAGGAACUUCAUCCAUGUGAACCUCUUCUUCUCCUUCAUGCUGAGAGCUGCCGUCGUGUUGCUGAAGGACCACGUGCUGUUCACACACAACACACACUGCAGCCAGCCUGGAUCACUGGUGGGCUGUAAGGUGUGUGUGGUGGUGUUUCACUACUUCAUCAUGGCCAACUUCUUCUGGUUGCUGGUGGAAGGACUUUACCUGCACUCCCUCCUCAUGCUGAUGACACACAUACCGCUCACCUGCUACCUGCUCAUCGGCUGGGGUGUUCCGGCAAUGUUUGUGACUGCCUGGACCUUCACACGGGCCUACUUGGAGAACACAGGGUGCUGGGAGAGAAAUGGCCAUCUUAUUCCCAUCUGGGUGAUCAAUGGACCCAUUGGCUUCUCAAUUAUGGUGAACUUCAUUCUGUUCAUCAGUAUCAUCCGUGUUCUUCUGCAGAAGCUCAGGUGUCCAGAUGUGGGAGGAGGGGACCAUUCACAGUACAGGCGACUGGCAAAGUCCACAUUGCUGUUGAUUCCGUUGUUUGGGAUCCAUUAUGUGGUGUUUGGGUCUCUGAACGAGUCUAUGGCUGACUACAAGAUCUUCUUCGACCUGGCCAUCGGAUCCUUUCAGGGUUUGGUGGUGGCCAUCUUGUAUUGUUUUUUGAACACUGAGGUGCAGGGGGAGCUGAAGCGCAGAUGGAGGAGUGAGGGCCUGACCCGCCCCCCACACACACUCUCGUUUUCCCACAAUGCAUCAGUGCGCAGCAACCACUCCGCUACACGCCAGCGAACACAGCAGAGUGAGACCACCGUCCUUUAG